AUGACUCCACCUACUAUGAUCCAAACUGCUCCAGUUGAAACUUUCAACAUUAGAGCCAAGAAGGCACAAACUGUCAAAUUGACUUCUGAAGCCGUUGAUGGUAAACACAGCUUUGCUGACUGGGAAAAGUUCAACUUUGCUCCAAUUAGAGAAUCUCAAGUUGCCAGAGCUAUGGGUAAGAGAUACUUUGCUGAUUUGGACAAAUAUGCUGAAUCCGAUAUUGUUGUUGUUGGUGGUGGUUCUGCCGGUUUCUCUGCUGCUUAUGUUAUGGCUAAAAACAGACCAGACUUGAAAAUUGCCAUUAUCGAAGCCUCAGUUUCCCCAGGUGGUGGUUGUUGGUUGGGUGGUCAAUUGUUCUCCGCCAUGGUUGUCAGAAAACCAGGUGAUCUCUUCUUGGAUGACUUAGGCUUGGAAUACGAAGACGAAGGUAACUAUGUUGUUGUCAAACACGCUGCUUUGUUCAUGUCCACUUUAAUGUCCAAGACCUUGGCCUUCCCUAACGUCAAAUUGUUCAAUGCUACUGCUGUUGAAGAUUUAAUUACCAGAAAGGAUGAAGUUACUGGUCAAAUUUCUAUUGCUGGUGUUGUUACCAACUGGGCUCACUUGGACCACGACAACCAAUCUUGUAUGGAUCCAAAUACCAUCAAUGCUAAUGUUAUUGUCAGUGCUACUGGUCACGAUGGUCCAUUUGGUGCUAGUAACUCCAAGCGUGCCAAACAAAUCUUCCCAGAAGAAGAAGUUCAAUUCAAUGGUAUGAGAGGUCUUGACAUGAACAAGGCUGAAAACGCUGUUGUUAAAGGAUCCAGAGAAGUCUACCCAGGUUUAGUUUUUGCUGGUAUGGAAUUGGCUGAAAUUGAUGGUUCCAACAGAAUGGGUCCAACUUUCGGUGCUAUGAUGUUGUCUGGUGUCAAGGCUGCUGAAACUGCUUUGAACAUUUUUGACGAAUGUAAAGAAAGAAAUGAAAAAACCUACGGUGGUUUGCAAAACUAG